UCCGAAAAACGAAAGGGCGAGGGAGCCAUAUUGCGAGUGAUUUACGAAAUUUCCCGACCAUAUCGUUUAACAAUUUUAAUUCUCGAAAUUCGUACUUUUAAAAUGCGAUUUUCAUUUUGAUCUGACCGAUUGUUAAUGUUCUAUAGUUUACAGUCAAGUAUAGCGGCUUAAAUGGGGGACAGUGGUGAAGAUAUGGAAAAUACAGAAGUUACCGAAGUGACGGUCGGAAUUACCGACAUCUCCGAAGGUCUACCGAGUCCAAAUGCCGACGACUCUGCCUUCGCGAAUGAUUCCGUUUCAGUAUCGUCUGGUCAAAUUAGCACUUCUGCUGUUACCGAACAUGUUUUUGCAGCAACACCUACAGGAAUAUUCACUGCUAAUGGACUGCCUGUUCAAGUGCAAGAUGGUGCCCCUCUGAAACCAAGAAUAAUUGCCGUGGUACAGCAGGCUGAUGCAGCAGCUGCUCUUGUUGACGGUUUAAAGACUCCGGCUACCCCCUGCACUCCGUCGUCGCCAUCGGGGGAGAAGCGGCACUAUACGUGGGACGACACCGUACACUUGGACGUGCUGCCAGUGAGAUGCAGAAACAACGGUGCAGAACUGUUCAAAUCAAAACUAGGUUCUGGUGGGAGAGGCAAAUGUGUCCGCUACAAUGAUCAAUGGUACACGCCAUCGGAGUUUGAGUCACUUUGUGGGAGGGGUAACAGCAAGGACUGGAAGAGAAGCAUCCGGUUUGGAGGUCGAACGCUUCAGUGUCUAAUCGAGGAAGGCAUCAUCCAGCCCCAUGCAGCAUCCUGUACCUGUGCAUCUUGUUGUGAUGAUGAUGGAGUGUCUGGACCAGUCAGACUCUUUGUUCCUUACAAACGGAGGAAAAAAGACGAGAGGGAAAGCCUGCCCUCUACACCUACUUUCAAGAAGAAGAUGCCCAAGUUAAAAGAUGUUGCUGCCUUAACAGAAGAUGGCCGAUCCAUGUCACUGGAAAGUCAGAAUGGGUUAGGUAUGGGCGAUACUGCCCUGACCUUGGCAUCGAUGACUCCCACCCUUGCCCCGACCUUGACACCCUUGACCCCUCUGUCCUCUAUACCUCCGAUGACCCCUAAUACACCCAAGGCACCGGAUUUGGAGAUGCAGCACUGGUGGCACCUCGAAGAGAUGGCAACACAGUUGAUCCAGCAAGCGCAGCAGCUGAAGCAGAUGAUCGAGCAAGCCAAGCACCAAUCCCAGAGCAGUAAGGAUGCUGCUCUUGCUCAAGCCAAGAUACAGUAUGAAACAGAGAAGAAACAGAUACUGGCAGAUUCUAAGAUGGAAGCACAGCUGCAAUUAUCAAGAGCUCUGAUGGAAGCAAAGGCCGAGAAGGACAAUGCGGUAGCGCAAGCUUUGGCCCAGGCACAAGCAGAGAAGAUAGAUGCAGUGGCAGAGGCGAAAUCAUCUCAGCUCAUAAAGGCCUGCGCCAACUGUGGCAGGGAAGCAACAAGCGAGUGCACGGGUUGUCAUCGGGUGAGCUACUGCAGCGGGUUCUGUCAGCGCAAGGACUGGUCGUCCCAUCAGCACAGCUGUGGCCACACCCAAGGGCUCCCCCAGGGGAUACAAAGUGUGACAGAUCCAGAACCCGAUGCCUAGUACUGGACCUGCCAUAGUAAAUACCCCUAGAACUAGUUACAAAAGCUGAAUUCGAUAGGGUACUGAAGUCACAAUAUCGUGCAACACCUUUUCUUGUAAACCGUAUCUUCGCAGAGUAUGAUGAAAAAGCAUCCAAACCCAAAUCUGUAGUUCAUGGAUCACUGAUUCAAUGGGUGUUCGUUUGCUGAUACCUUGGGCCACGUUGAAUCUAUUUGUGUCACAUGUGGUGUGUUGAGUUAUUUCAGUGUGUUAAGUGAUAAGUUUACAUGCCGUUUACAAUUUCCAAGAUUUCAUUAAUACCCUAUGUGUAUCCAGAGCUUUUCAGGGUUAAUCAUUAAAAUCUGCUUGAUCUUUGAUGGACAAUGGGUAAUUUUAUGUUUGGAGAUGACCUUUUAGUCAGACCCAGGCCACGUUGCAUAAAAGUUACCAUUAUGGCAAUUUUGGCAUGCAAUGGUAGCUACCAUGGUACUGCUAAUCAACAGCCAAUCAAAUCAAGGAUUCCAUGCAAGUUACCAAUGGAUAGCAAAGUUAUCAUAAUGGUAAUUUUUAUGCAACAGGGCCCAGAACCGACAACAAUGAACUUUGUCACGAAAAGCUCCAGGAUUAAUUUCAAGAGGUCAAAGACUAAACUGUUUUCAGUUCUUGGCCCCAUUGCAUAAAAGCUACUACUAUUUUGCGAUCCAAUGAUAACUACCGUGGCAACAAUCCUCAUCAGCCAAUCGAAAUCAAGGACUCAAUGACUUAUGUUGCAAUUGAAUGGCAACGUUACAAUAGUAUCUUUCAUGCAACGGGUCCCUAGCCUACAAAGCUGUACUUUCUGAAAUCUCUAUCCAUGGAUAAUGUGUGUGCAUUCCCAACCCCAACAGUCCCUUCCUUCUCCUCUCUUUGUCUUUCUUACUCUCUCUUCUCUCUCUCUCUCUCUGCUUGUCUCUCUUUCCCUGCUCUCCCACUUUUUCCCUCCCAGUCUCCCGGGUCCCAUAACACAAAAGUUACUGAUUAAUCGUAUGCUUGUUUUUCACAAUUGAUUGUACAUUGUAGUCAAUGGAAUCGAUCAUUAAAAACUAUUCUACGAUCUUUGCUAAGCUUUGUGUUACGGGCCCCCAGUGUUUUCUGUUCAUCUUGGUUUCCAUCUUCUUAUCUGUUUCCUUUUCUGUCAUAGUCAAAUCCUGAACCAUAGUUAUAUUGUUUCUUUCAAUGAGGACACAUACAAUUGCUAUUAUUUGUGCACAAUUACUGUAAUUACAAGCCCCUAGAAGUCAUGCUUUAUACUGAAAUCUUGAAGUAAAGAAGUAAGAAUGGCAAAGUUUACUUUAAAAUUGAGUUUGUGCAAAUAAAGCAUUUUUUAAAAUGAAAGAAAAAAACUGUGAAGCAGGGUGAGCAUCCCCUUUAUAUGAUCUUGACGGUCUUUGUAAAAAAUAUUAUAUUGGACAAUAUUUGUGAAUUUCCUGAUACUUUUCAUGGUUUGUUUAUUUUUGUAAAAAGGCUAAAUAUAUGUUUAUUCUAACGAGUGCAAAUAAAUUAAAAGAUGGUCAUGAUGUAAAUAAACUUGAUGCAAAAGUUGA